UGUUACUUAACUUUUACACAAACACGCAGUUCCUGUAAGCAUCAACUUCAAACAGCUCAGGCUUUCUGUCUGAGCACACCUCGUUUUAGGGGAGCAGAGACAAAGAGCUACUACCGAGGGAUUCACCAGCAGUUCUGAAAGCUUCUUGUACCUUUUGCAGGCUCUGAAUUAUGAAGAUGCUUCUGCUUCUUUCUCUGGUCUCUGGGCUUGCCCUGUCUGCCUCUGAUGUCACGACAGAAAGAGAGACUCAUCCAAGCCAAGAGUCAUUUUGUGACAUACAGAAAAAAGUGAACGACCUCUGGCAGAAUUUGCUCUAUCCAGUAAUGCCUGGUAAUGAGACAAAUCAGAUGAUUUACGCCACUUGUGAAAUGAAGCCCAGCUCCAAAAUAGAUGCUGACAAGCCACAAGUGACUGGACAAGUCUUAUUUAAACAGUAUUACUCAUACGGAAGACUAGAAGCUAUUUUUUACUUGGAAGGGUUUCCAUUGGAUAAUAAUCAAUCUGGUAGAGCUAUACACAUCCACGAGCUCGGGGAUCUCAGCAAUGGCUGUGAUUCUACAGGAGGACACUAUAAUCCUUUCAGCGUGAAUCACCCCCGUCACCCAGGGGAUUUUGGCAAUUUUUUUCCUAAAGAAGGCAAAAUCAGAAAAUACAAACCAAAUCUCUUAGCCACUAUGUUUGGUCCUUAUUCCAUCAUGGGCAGAGCUGUUGUGAUCCAUGAGCAGGAAGAUGACAUGGGCAAAGGCAACAAUAAGGCCAGUUUGGAAAAUGGAAAUGCUGGGAAACGUCUGGCUUGCUGUGUGAUUGGGAUAUGCAACAAGACCUUGUGGGAAGAGAAACUGAGUGAGGUUACAGACAAGAAGAAAAGAGGGAUCAGCAAACGAACAUAAAACCAGGCCUAAGACCAACAAGUCGGCAACAGCCUGGGCAGCACAAAGUACGUUAGGCUGUACCACUGGCAACUAAGCUAUAUUGCUAAAUCAUUCCCAUUUCCAUUUGCUUGCUCCUCUAAGAAAUGUUUAUCACUUUGUAGAGCCUCCUUUCUGUAAGCCCAUCAAUAAAACCAGCAUCAACUCAACCUUGUC